GAGUGGGGAGGGAAGAAGCCAUGGAGGAGUGUGUGUUGAGGAGGAGGAGGAAGAAGAAGAGGGGGUCAGCCUGUAAUAAGCAUCACGACGAGGCAGGCUCACUGUAUUCCUUUCAUCCGUACUUGGUUGUCCUUCGUCGUCCGUUUAGCAAUCGACUGGCUCGCCAGCUUUUUUGUGGCGUGUGGAACGCUAGCUUUAGCUUUAGCUUUGCCGUAGUCCUGCCAUUUCUUUUUGUUGUUGUUGUUGUUGUGGGGGAGAAAAGUUUUGAAAUGAAGAGUCAACAGCAGCUAAGUCGAUGGCGACCAACCAAGAAGACGCGGUGAACAUGUCCGAGUCGUAGUUGAGGUGCUUAGCUGUGUGACGACGCGAAUAUGGCUCAGGUGGUGGAAUUUAAAAGGCAGCUGUCACUAUAGCCAAGCUCGCCAGUUUGACAAAAGAGACUGUCGCUUCAACAAAGCUAUUUGGCCGACCAUCACCUCCAUUCCCUCCCGAGCGAGGCACGGCUUUUAGUAGUGGCGCUCGCAGGUGUCUUUUUGAACAAAAUGGCAGAGUACAGUAGCAUGCUAACAAAGCGACGCUUUGUUGCGGGAUAGGGCCAAGCCAGCCCCAGCGAGGUUGCGCCGCAAAGGGGCUUGUUCACGCCGAGCUUAUAGUAGAUUCUUGAGGAGCUGCUGUUUGCUAUCGAAAGAGGACUGAGGGCAGAAGACCCAUCAAGCCUGAUGACACUGGACAACAUGAAGCCCGAGAGAGAUGCAACAGAGGAGUUUUUCGAGUACGACACAGAGGAGUUCCUGGUGUUCCUGACCCUGCUCAUCACAGAGGGACGGACACCGGAAUAUUCGGUGAAGGGCAGGACCGAGGGGCUGCACUGUCCACCCGCCCAGUCAGCUAUGCCCCCUCUUCACAAGCAUGAAUGCAGCGAUAAACUGCCACAGUGUCGUCAGGCGCGUCGGACCCGUUCAGAGGUGAUCCUGCUCUGGAGGAACAGCAUCCCCAUCAUGAUCGAGGUCAUGCUCCUGCCCGACUGUUGCUAUGGUGACGAGUGCCCACCGAGCGACCCCAUCAGUGACCCAGUCAUCAAACAAGAUGCACUGCUGCUGGAGAGAUGGACCUUGCAGCCGGUUCCAAGGCAAAGCGGUGACCGUUUCAUUGAGGAGAAGACGUUGCUGUUGGCCGUGCGCUCGUACGUUUUCUUCUCACAGCUCAGCGCCUGGCUCAGUGCCUCCCAUGGCAUCGUCCCCAGAAACAUCCUGUACAGAAUAAGUGCUGCCGAUGAGGACUUGGUGUGGAAGUUCUCACAGCCACCAUCCGAACACAUAUUCCCCGUCCCCAAUGUGUCACAGAGUGUUGCGCUGCAAGUCCGUGUCCAGUCGCUGCCCCGCCAGCCCACCUAUCCCACCUUGGCCUGCAGCAUCCACACUGGCCUGCCCCCACUCUACAGCAAGACCCCCAGCCUCAACCCAAACUUCAAUAGCCCUGGUGGGCAGCCCACCCUCCUAAAAAUUCAGGAGCCCAACAAAGACAGCCUCCUCCGCAGCGCCAACAUAUACAGCAAGAGCUCCACCUCUGUGUCGGGCCGCCUUAUCAACGGAAUGCCCAUCCCCAAUCUUCCCAUCAACAACAUUCCCAUCAACAGCCUUCCACACACAGCCACGCCACCCCCCUUCAGCAAGAAAAACCAGGACCCCAGUGAAAAACAUACAUAUCAGAACGGAGAGCUCCCGCAGGUUAACAUCCCUCAAAGUCAGGACUCCCCACUGUUGCGACGAUCCUCACACUCACCCACAUCCUCACGCUCCCAUUCCCCUUCCCCACUCCCGGGGAAGUGGCUCUACUCGUCCCUCAAUGGCUCAUCGGACCCCCAGCCAUUGGAAGAUUAUGGGUGCGGCACCAACAGUGGCGACAGGCCAAAAGCACCACUCCCCGAGCCGCUCCGAGCCUUUAAGAGUUUGUCAUUGGCUGAGCCUGCUCGCUGCCCCACGCCCCGGUCCGCGGCGAACGAAACCAACCCGCUCAUUGGCUCACUGUUACAGGAGAGACAGGAAGUUAUAGCCCGCAUCGCACAGAGGCUCAACUUCUGCGACCCCACAGCGCCGCCGCUUCCCCCGGCCCUUUUUGCCACGGACAACUCUCCCAAAGCCACGUGGGCCAGUAGCCAUGACGACAUAGCCGCCAGUAAGACCAAAGAGCCAGCGGUACCGCCCUAUGAGUGUGUGGGACAUGCUUGGCCCACCCCCUUUCACACACCAACCACCGGCACAUCUUUCCACAAGCGGGAGACCUCCCCAAAACCUGCAGUCUGCAGGAAGCUGAAGCUGACCGAGACGAGAGAUGGGAGCAUAGAGAGGGAGCGAGAGAAAAGCAGCGAGGAGCGAGACGGGUCCCUCAUUGCUCAGGCAGUGCACGACAUUACUCGACUCAUCCAGGAAAGACUGUCUGUCCCCUCGCUGUCGCCCAGCCACAGCAGGUGCGGCAGCCCUCUACACCACACGCACACAACAACAGUCACGCAAACAAUACGCACAUACUCGCACCCUACACACGUCCCACACACCUCACACGACAGCUACACUAAUGGCCACAUUCACAGCCACGAACCUAACAGGGGCCUUCAUGCCGCUGCCCCAUACACGCCUCUUUGCACAAACAAAUCUCGGCUCGACCCGGGGACCAAUUGCCAUUCUCCACGGGCCCAAAAUGGUGCCCAAUAUACACUUGAAGAACCUUCACUCAGAGGCCAGCUGCAUGCUGGUCCACGUUUACGAACUCCCACCCAGGAAAAGCUCACAAUCAACACAACCAGCAGUCAUAUUUUCCCUCCCUCCUCGGAGAACGGGCCUGGAAGUGCCCUGCCCUCCAGUCAGACCUGCAAGGGAUCCACCUUCAACUGCAACACAAUCCAAAACCACAGCAAGCCUCAGUCACCCACACGGGCUGAUGCUUCAGCCCAGGAUGAGAACCAAACACCUAGACAGUCUACAGAACUGUCUUCCCCUCCUACUGUCCUGCGAACUCAUGGACCCUGUCCCUUGGGACCCUGCAACGGCUGGAGGAAGCAGAAUCGCCACUCGUUAGACGCCACGGCAACCAAGGCCUUCCAUCCCUGCACGGGCCUGCCCCUGCUCUCCAGCCCUGUUCCACAGAGGAAAAACCAAUCUGGCUACUUUGACCUGGACACCUCUCUGGUUGGCUAUAAAGGCUUACCCUGGGCCUCUGGGAAAAGGGUGUGCCCUAAGGGAGACGAGUACACAGAUGACUCUCCGCAGCUGUUCAGUGCAAGUGCUCCACCUGCCAGUCUCAGUCUACUUGGAAACUUUGAGGAGUGUGUGUUGAACUACCGUCUGGAGCCUUUAGGGACGGUGGAGGGUUUCACGGCCGAAGUUGGCGCCAGUGGGUCCUUCUGCCCCAGUCACCUGACCUUACCCGUGGACGUGUCAUUCUAUAGCGUUUCAGAUGACAACGCCCCCUCACCUUAUAUGGGUGUCAUCAACCUGGAGUCCCUGGGGAAAAGGGGCUACCGAGUACCUCCAUCAGGAACCAUUCAAGUGACCUUAUUCAACCCGAACAAGACGGUGGUAAAGAUGUUUGUGGUGAUGUACGACCUACAAGCCAUGCCAGCUGGAAACCAGACCUUCCUACGCCAGAGGACAUUCUCCGUCCCUGUCAGGCGAGACUCGAACCAUCAGAUCAACAGGAAGCCCCUCCCUUUGGGCCAGGCACGCACUCUGCGCUACCUCGUUCAUCUGAGGUUCCAGAGCUCCAAGUCUGGGAAGAUCUACCUCCACAGGGACAUCCGUCUUCUGUUUUCUAGGAAGUCCAUGGAGGUGGACAGCGGUGCUGCCUACGAGCUACAGUCAUUCACCGAGUCCCCCAUCGACCCGCCAUUCUCGUCCCGUUGCUGACUCGCAACUAACUCCCUGAACCCCUCACCCGUCCUCCCUCUUCCGCCUGCCAGGCCAUACCCGCACCUCCAUGUCAGUCAUGAGUCUUUGUGUCAGCCUUUGACUAGUAUUGGAAGAGAAAUAGAAGGACAGCAGAUGAUGGAGUGCACCCCUGUGUGGGACGCUUGUUAGAAUGGAAUUCUCUGUUGACGUGCAUGAACUUUGUUCUGACUCACAGCUGGAGUGUGCAGGGUUUUGAGGUCAUGCUAUAAAAUGCCUUACAACAUUUAAAAGGUAAUUAUUGAGUUUUGUGUAUUCCUCCCCACCUCCUCCUGCAUCAGGCAGGAGAGUUGAAACCAAUGAUUGUCCACAGGACCAGUUGGACUCUCACCUCUACGCAGUUUGUGCUCCAGUCCCCAAACUAGAAUGUUGAUUUGGACCUCAUUGUGACUUAAUGAAUACAUGUUGAAUCUCAGUUACUUGACAAAUGCAAUACUUGGCCUUUUGAAUGAGGGAAAAAAAAUCUAGGCUUGUUGGCUUGAAGCUUGUUUGACGGUAAAUUAAGCCUAAUUUUGAUUCAAUAGCCCCUUUUGCCUUGCCUGUAUAAGCCGGCAUUUGUAUGCCUUUUAUUUAAUGUCCCACUUCACUGGGUUUUGUGUAAAAGGUGGUUAGAUGCCUUCUGUUAUGAUUCUGAUGCAACAAAUUUGCAGAAUCUCUGUAAAAGAGGCUAAUGCCUGCCAAACUUGGAACGGCAGCGGCUGCGUCGCGUAUUAGAGGAAGUGGGUUGGAGCGGAGCCCCCCCCCCCCCCACCACCACCACCACACACACAUCGUCACUUCCUAUACCCCACCUCAAAAAAGGACCACCGAAGAAGUCCACCAUGCAAUCACACUGAAUUCAAGUGAACUCAUGAAAUCUUAAAUGCACUGUGGAUUUGUUUGUUUUUUUCCCCUUGUCCAAACUGGAAAAAGAAAGCGAAAAAUAAUUGUCAUACUUCUUUUUGUACUGUUACAAAAACCAAUUUAUUGGAAGUGUUGCAAUAGAGUAAGAGUAACCUUAGUUUUAAGUGUUUACUUUCAGUUUACCUAACCAUCCUGUUUAUUUAAUAUUUAAAUUAAUAUUUCAGUUGUUAUUUGUGAUGUCUGUCAUGCCAAGAUGGUUUAGUGUAAACUGUAUAUCAUAAUAUUUUUGACAUUAAUAUUCAAAUCUGAAAAAAAUAUAUCUAUCUUCUAAAGCAAUCGUUAAAUCUGCUCUCUGUCUCUUAUUCUUUUCAAUAGCAUUCAGAAAUCUGAAAGACGUAGUUAUAACGUUGCUUUUUCAACUUUUGAACUGGUACACCAAAUAUGUGCACACAUACUUGAGCUGUGAUAGAUCUUUCUACAACACUAAAUCUCAACUCUGUGAUAAAAAUGUAAUCCAUCCAUUUUCUUUACCAUUUAUCCUCACUAUGGUCACGGGCUGCUGGAGCCUAUCCCAGCUAUCUUCGGGCGGGAGGGGGACACCCUGAACCGGUCGCCAGGCAAUCGCAGGGCACAAAGAAACAAACAAACAUUCACACCUACGGGCAAUUUAGAAUUUCCAACCAACCUACCACGCAUGUUUUUGGAAUGUGGGAGGAAACCGGAGUGCCCGGAAAAACCCACGCAGGCAGGGGGAGAACAUGCAAACUCCACACAGGCGGGGCCGGGAUUUCAACCCCGGUCCCAGGAACUGUGAGGCAGAUGUGCUAACCAGUCACCGUGCUGGCAAAAUGUUUUAUUGAACUGUUAAUUCCACUUUAAUGAAUCAGUUAAAUACUGUACUUAAAUCAUCCACCCACAAGCUCAUUUUCAAAAGGAGAAAAUCAGCUCUUACAAAUUUAGGCAAAAGAUCUUAUUAAAAAGAUAAUGGACCAGACAUAUGUUCUAUUAAAUCACAUUAUUACUGAAGUGAUUAAUUAGGGGGUGGGGGUGGCAUUGGGUCCGUGCGGCCUCCAGGUGGCCGGUUUUUGGGCGUCUCGGUGGGGCCAGUGGACCGCCCUGGGUCCCUUGGUGUGGGAUGCGUCCUGUCCACCGGGCUGCUCUGAGGUGGACUCUUGGGCAUGACCCCGCCUAUUGAUUGAGUGGGUGGGGUCCUAAGCCCUCCGUGGUGCAGGCACAGCAAUUACAGGACAUUUCUGACGAUCAUUGUGCAUGCGAAACUGUGUCAAUUUACUUGCAUAUGUCCACAGACACACACCCCUGGGACUUAUUCGCUGUGUGUGGGGCCAGUCACUCAUUGCGACAACUAACUUAUGACUAUGCGAAUUGCUGGGUUGGGUAUCAACUCACUCACACUCUGGUCUUAUAGAGGUUUAUAAUUUACCUAGCCACUCCCACCACACUUCAGUUGUACAGCCCGUUUCACAACCCUUGUCCUGCAUGCUUCCUCUCCUAUCUUUGUCCUGUCCUUCCCUCACAGAGUGUAGCACUACUGCCCUAUACAACACUCAUAUCUAAUGUACCUAGUGUUCUCGGGAUAUAAGGAUUUACUUUCCUCAUCUUGUUUACAGCUAGUGCUUUGUCUUUUGUUGUCGUCUUUUCUUACGCCCCUCUAGAAACCUUGUUCUGUUCGACUGAUCGACUGAUUCUCAAUAAAUAUCAAUUAAAAUACUAAGAAACCACAGUGGCAGCUUAAAAAGUCCACUUUGACACAGUAAAACUGUUCGGCAUAAAAGGGAUAGAGGUCCUCCUUUCUCCUUGACCUAACAGCCGAACAGGACCAAAAAAAAUAAUAAAAGGACUUCAUCGGGGGGAAAAGUGGAAGGUGGAAGACUGGCCAAGUCAAUCACUGGACCUUAACCAAAUAGAACAUGCAUUUUACCUCCUGAAGAGGAGAGUGACGGGAGAAACCCCUAGAAACAAGAACUGAAAGAGGCUACAGUAAAGGCCUGGAAAAGCAUUUCAAAUUAAGAAUGCAACAGAGUGGUGAAGUCAAUGGGUCACAGGGUUGAUGCAGUUAUUGCAAGUAAGGGAUAUGCCGCCAAGUAUGAAAUGAAAGCUAGAAUUCUGAACUUUUGUUUCAUAUUCAUCUUUUGAUCUGAAACUCAAAUGUCUUCAGUCGACGACAAAAACAAAAGGAUUGACCUUGCUGUUCCAAUACUUUUGGAGGGGGACCUUUUAUUUAUUUAUUUAUAUUUAUAUUACUGCGGCACGGUGGAACGACUGGUUAGCACAUCUGCCUCACAGUUCUGAGGACCGGGAGUUUGCAAGUUCUCCCCGUGCCUUUGUGCGUUUUCUCCGGACACUCCAGUUUCCUCCCACAUCCCAGAAACAUGCGUGGUAGGUUGAUUGAAGACUCUAAAUUGCCCGUAGGUGUGAAUGUGAGUGCAGAUGGUUGUUUGUUUAGAUGUGCCCUGCGAUUGGCUAACGACCAGGUCAGGGUGUACCCCGCCUCUCGCCCAAAGAUCGCUGGGAUAGGCUCCAGCACGCCCGUGACCCUAGUGAGGACAAGGAAUAUUACAACCCCAAUUCCAAUGAAGUUGGGACGUUGUGUUAAACAUAAAUAAAAACAGAAUACAAUGAUUUGUAAAUCAUGUUCAACCUAUAUUUAAUUGAAUACACUACGAAGACAAGAUAUUUAAUGUUCAAACUGAUAAACUUUAUUGUUUUUAGCAAAUAAUCAUUAACUUGGAAUUUUAUGGCUGCAACACGUUCCCAAAAAACUGGGACAUGUUGCAAAAAAGACUGAGAAAGUUGAGGAAUGCUCAUCAAACACCUGUUUGGAAAAUCCCACAGGUGAACAGGCUAAUUGGGAACAGGUGGGUGCCAUGAUUGGGUAUAAAAGGAGCUUCCCUGAUUUGCUCAGUCAUUCACAAGCAAAGAUGGGGUGAGGUUCCCCUCUUUGUGAACAAAUUGCGUGAGAAAAUUGUCGAACAGUUUAAGGACAAUGUUCCUCAAUGUACAAUUGCAAGGAAUUUAGGGAUUUCAUCAUCUACGGUCCAUAAUAUCAUCAAAAGGUUCAGAGAAUCUGGAGAAAUCAUUGCAUAUAAGCGGCAAGGCCGAAAACCAACAUUGAAUGCCCGUGACCUUUGAUCCCUCAGGCGGCACUGCAUCAAAAACCGACAUUAAUGUGUGUAGGAUAUCACCACAUGGGUUCAGGAACACUUCAGAAAACCACUGUCAGUAAAUACAGUUCGGCGCUACAUCCGUAAGAGCAAGUUGAAACUCUACUAUGCAAAGCAAAAGCCUUAUCAACAACACCCAGAAACGCCGCCGGCUUCUCUGGGCCCGAGCUCAUCUAAGAUGGACUGAUGCAAAGUGGAAAAGUGUUAUGUGGUCCGACGAGUCCACAUUUCAAAUUGUUUUUGAUAAUUGUGGACGUCGUGUCCUCCGGGCCAAAGAGGAAAAGAACCAUCCGGACUGUUAUGGAUGCAAAGUUCAAAAGCCAGCAUCUGUGAUGGUAUGGGGCUGUGUUAGUACCAAUGGGAUGGGUAACGUAUACAUCUGUGAAGGCACCAUUAAUGCUGAAAGGUACAUACAGGUUUUGGAGAAACAUAUGCUGCCAUCCAAGCAACGUCUUCUUCAUGGACACCCCUGAUUAUUUCAGCAAGACAAUGCCAAACCACAUUCUGCACUGGUUACAACAGUGUGGCUUUCUAGUAAAGGAGUGCGGGUACUAGACUGGCCUGUCUGCAGUCCAGACCUGUCUCCUAUUGAAAAUGUGUGCCACAUUAUGAAGCGUAAAAUACGACAACGGAGACCCCGGACUGUUGGAACAGCGGAGGCUGUACAUCAAGCAAUAAUGGGAAAGAACUCCACCUAUAAAGCUUCAACAAUUAUUGUCCUCAGUUCCCAAAUGUUUAUUGAAUGUUGUUAAAAGAAAAGGUGAUGUAACACAGUGGUAAACGUGACUCUGUCCCAUCUUUUUUGGAACCUGUAUUGUUUUUGCUAAAACAAUACAGUUAAUCAGUUUGAACAUUAAAUAUCUUGUCUUUAUAGUGUAUUCAAUUAAAUAUAGGUUGAACAUGAUUUGCAAGUCAUUUUGUUCUGUUUUUAUUUAUGUUUAACACAACGUCCCAACUUCAUUGGAAUUGGGGUUGUAUUAUAUGAGGUGUGUCAGAAAGGUUCCAGGACUGGUAACAUUUCAAACCCACAACGAGUUUUCCCCUUGUGGGCCAGGCGAUCAACCAACACGUCAUCAAGCAGUACAAAAUUAGCAGACGGAUUCCCAUUUCUCUUACAGGCUUUUGAAUACUUAUUGGGCAAUGUGAUGAGCAGCCAUAUAAAGCAACAUUUUGAUGACUAAAGUCUUGAUACUUUAUCAAUCCCCCCGGUGAAAUUCAGGAAAUGUAUACUUUGUAAAGACAGUAAUUAAAUGAUUAUUAAAUAAUAUUUUUAAUGUG